CCAUUCGAUUUUAUACUCUUAUUUUGUGUUAUUCAAUCCUCUUACUUUUCUCUUUAAAACGCAGGACGUCCUGCCUGCCGUUCAAAGGCAUCUCGCGACGCAGAAGGUAAAAUUUAAAACAACGAGCUGCUGCUAGCAAUGGAUUCAGGUCUGCUUUGGAUCGUAUUUGGUAUGGGCCUGACAAUAGUCAUGAAGACUUAUGCAAAUCACUUUUGAGAAGCUUUGAAAUGUGUGUAGCUAUUGAAGAAGUAGACAGAGAUAGUAGAUGGUGCCAGGACGAGAAGAGAGCGCUGGAAGAGCAUUGUAUGAGUUUAGGUCUUCUUGGAAUGAUUGGUGGGCAAAAGAGAAGAAAAGACAGUGUGAUAUAAUGUUAUUAGGUUUUGGAUGGGUAAGGUUAUUCUCACUUAAUUUAGAUAAACUUGAUUAAUUAUACUUGGCACAGUAGAUGAUUUACUUAAGAAAGCUGGAAACCCAACCCAGACAAUUUUUCUUAAGCAAACUUUCUUUUGUAAAAAUUUGUAGUGUUUGGAUAGGCACGGCAAGGAGUCAAAGCAAUGCCAAUUUGAAGCUGAGGAGCUUAAAAAGUUCUGUGAUAUAGAAGUUAAAUGACAAGCUGUUUUCAACAUACUUUAUUGAUGAUGAACCUAAUUAGUUACGGAGUACUACCUAUAUAAGACUCUCUCCGUCCAAUUCACAUGAUGUUGUUAAAGAGGCAAACACUCUGAAUCUCUAAUCGAUGCUCGUUGCUUAGUGGGCGUCACUUCACCCUCAUGGUCUUGUCCCUUUCAUCCCAUCGUUAUCGCCCCGUCCCUAUUGCAGAGCCGAUCGCUAUCCUCCGGUCCUGUCACGUUGUCCGAGCUUGCGUAACAAACUAUAGACGUCCUGCCUGCCGUUCAAAGGCAUCUCGCGACGCAGAAGGUAAUAUUUUAAUACAACGAGCUGCUGCUAGCUAUGGAUUCAGGUCUGCUUUGGAUCGUAUUUGGUAUGGGCCUGACAAUAGUCAUGAAGACUUAUGCAAAUCACUUUUGAAGAACUUUGAAAUGUGUGUAUCCAUUGUAGGAGACAGAGAUAGUAGAUUGUGCCAGGACGAGAAGAGAGAGCUGGAAGAGCAUUGUGAUGAGUUUAGGUCUUCUUGGAAUGAUUGGUGGGCAAAAGAGAAGAAAAGAAAGUGCGAUAUAAUGUUAUUAGGUUUUGGAUGGUGUUUGGAUAGGCACGGCAAGGAGUCAAAGCAAUGCCAAUUUGAAGCUGAGGAGCUUAAAAAGUUCUGUGAUAUAGAAGUUUAAUGACAAGCUGUUUUCAACAUACUUUAUUGAUGAUGAUCCUAAUUAGUUUAAUGACAAGCUGUUUUCAACAUACUUUAUUUCAGUAAAUUUACAUUAUAACU